GUCAAGAUUACUUUUGGCCAUAAAUUCGUGCUUCUAUUUGUACCUCUGUAAGCACCAAAUAGAUCCUUCACCUGCUCCUUCGUAUAAUACCAAUUAACAGAUGGUACAACGUCUCACUCGUCGUAAUCGCCAUAGUUAUAAUACCAGGUCCAACAGACUAAAAGUCGUCAGGACACCCGGUAAUCGACUUGUUUACCAACGCCUCAAAAAAGUUGCCAAGGGCCCUUCCUGUGGUGAUUGUGGUGGCAAGAUACACGGAAUUCCUCAUCUUCGGCCGAUUGAAUACAAACGCUUACCUCGCCGAAAACGAACUGUUUCCCGUGCCUAUGGAGGAAGCAGAUGCUCUAAUUGCGUCCGUAAUCGUAUUAUCCGUGCGUUUUUAGUCGAAGAACAAAAGAUCGUAAAAAGCUUCCUUAAGGCAAAGAAGAAAGAAAAGCAAAUAAAGAAGCCUAAAAGCAAAAAGUAGACAAUAAACAACCCUAUCCACGAGA